GCCACGCCCGUUGUUAUGGCGCUUCCGGACUGGACCGUGUGUUUACUCGGCGUCGCUGCCUCGAUCUGCGGGGGUUUUUACAUUUACCGCCUUCUCAGAAAUCCUGCGAAAACUCCAUGGAAAAGAGGUCUCAUUGCAGAUUUGAUGGCACGCACGGAGAAACCGCUGUUUUGGAUAGCGUACUCUCUAUACACACGGACCAAACUUGGGUACAUGUUUUACAAGCGCCAGAUGAGAAAAGCGAGAGAGAAGUACCCCACUGGACACUCUAGAACUGAGCCUACAACAAUAAACGGUAUCAAGAUCAUUCCAUUACCCAUCCUGUCUGACAACUACAGCUAUGUGAUCAUUGACACAGUUUCAGAUCUUGCUGUGGUGGUGGACCCUGCUGAUCCUCGCUCUGUCCAGAGUUGUCUGGAGGAGGAAGGGGCGACAUUAGAAGCCAUACUUUGCACACACAAACACUGGGACCACAGCGGAGGAAACAGAGCUCUAAAAAGGCACCACAGCUCGUGUAGGGUGUAUGGAAAUGUUAUGGAUAACAUCCCUGGUCUUACACACCCUAUAGCGGACAAAGAUGUCAUAGAUGUUGGGACACGGCUGCAGUUCAGGGUUUUCUAUACCCCUGGCCAUACUGUGGGUCACAUGAUCUACCUCCUGGAUGGCAGACUGUUUGGGGGUCCCAGCAGCCUCUUCUCAGGAGACCUUCUCUUCCUCUCAGGGUGUGGCCGAAUGUUUGAAGGAACUGCUUCAACAAUGUUAUCAUCACUGGAUACAGUCAGCUCACUGAGCGACGACACGCUGCUCUGGCCUGGGCAUGAGUAUGCUGAAGAUAAUCUGCUGUUUGCUGCAGAGGUGGAGCCUGGUAAUGUGGCACGUGAACAGAAGUUACAGUGGGUCUUGCAACAACGAGGUCAACGACUUUGCACAAGCCCAUCAACUCUGGAGGAAGAAAAGCAGUACAAUCCGUUUUUGAGGAGCCAUACUCUGGAUCUUCACCAAGCUCUGGGCUUACAGCAGAACCAUGAUGAGGACUGGACCUCGUAUAGGGCUCGGGUUUUAGAGGAGCUACGCAGACGGAAGGACAUUUACAAGGGCCGAUAGGUGCCAUGAUAGAUUUAGAUUUGGAGGAAGAAACCAAUAUUAACCCAUUCCAAUUGGCCCUGUUUAUUCCUCACGCACAGUGCCUGCUAUUGCUCCAUUAGGAGAUAACACACAGAAAUGUAGACUGUGAAUUAAGAUGUAAAAGACACUGACACUAAGCUGUAUAUGGGCAUUAUUGAGAUAUGUUUGGUUGAACACUAAGGCUAAGAUAACUGUGUGGGAAGUUUUUUUCAGAUGUUGUAGAGUGAUUUCUAUUCUAGCCUAGAUUAGAUUCUGUAUUUAAACUAUAUAAACCAUAACCAUUACAAGCUCUGCACAGAACAGGUCCCUAUGUUUAUUAUUCUUAAAACUUCCAAAUGAAAUGAUUUAUAUCACUAUUAGACAACAUGUAUUAUUCAUAUCUACAUUUAUACAUACAUUUCAUCAGGUAUACCUACAGUGUUUGUAUACACUUACUGAUAAUUAGUCGGACACCCAUCCAUCCAACUAGAGAGACCGUUACUGACCAAACAAGAUUUUGCAGUGGGACAUUCUCUUUAGAGCAAUUAUAUGGCCAACACUACACAAAAUCUAAUGCUAGUAAUAAUUGUAAUAAUGGGUUCUAAACCAGUGGACAUUAAAGGAGUCUCCAGUCAGCAUUUCUAACAGUAAAUUCAUCAACCUAGGGAAAGUGCUUAAGAUGGAAGACUUUUAUGGUCUAUGUCAUGAUGACGCUCACCUUUUUUUUUUUAACAGCUUCCACUCUUCUGGAAUAGCUUUCUACUGGAAAGACUUUGGAGUCUGUAGGAAGAUGUGGCAUUUCAGUAUAAAGGGCAUUUUUGAGGUCAGACCUGGCUUGCAGUUGACUCCCAGUUUAUUCCAAAAGGUGUUCACUGGAGUUGAGCUCAGGGCUCUGUGCAGGCCAGCAGAGUUCCUCCACACCAAACAUAAAACCAUUUGUGACUGGACUUCACAUUGUGCACAGGAGAACAGUCAUAACAGGAAAGGGCAUUUGCCAAACUGUUAUUGGAAACAUACAAUUGCCUAAAAAGGCUAUGUUUGAUGUAGCAUUAACAUUAACCUUCACUGAAACUAAGGGGCUUAGCCUAAACACUGAAAAACAGUCCCAGAAUAGUUUCCCUCCUCCACCAAACUGUUGGUGCUAUCCAUUCAUGGUAGAGAGAGUUCUCCUGGCAUUCACUAAAACCAGAUUUGUACAUCAGACUGCCAGAUAGUGAAGGGUGAUUUGAACAUGUUUCGGCUUCUCUAGACUCCAGUGACAGUAUGCUGUACACCUCUCCAGCUGACGCUUGGCCUUGUUCAAUAGUGUGUACAAGUGCUUGGACAAGGAAACCCAUUCCGUGAAUCUCUGGAGCUCUUGGAGUUAAAUGGCUAAUCUGUUGUUGCUCUAACAUGCUUCUUCUUCUUUUCUUUUCUCUUUUUUUUUUAAACAAAACAUAAGUCUUUACAGCUGAUCAGGACAGAUCUAGCAAGGCAGAAAUUUCACUGACUGACUUGUGACUAAGGUGACAUAAGGUGACAGUGCCAUGUUUAAAGCAAGUGAGCACUUUGGUACAACCCGUUCUAUUUCCGUUUCUUGAUUUUAUGCACCCUUUUAGCAAUAAGUGUGGCUGAUACACCAAAUCCCAAUAAUGUCCACAUACCUUUGGCUAUAUAGUGUAACAGUACAUCUGAAAAGGUGCACCUAUUGGGUAGGUCUGUUCUGUUCUGUGCAAAGCUAACUUUGUACUAUGACGAGUGUAAAAGGAGAUGUAGUGAUUUUAAUAAUGAGCCUUUUGAACAAUGGCACUUUAUUACUAAAUGUAUUUCACUUUUUUCCCCCCACUCUGUAAACUUUAGACCAAACAUCUCUUUAAAACAAUUUUGUUGCGGUGUGAUUAAAGGGUGUACGGUAACACCAAUAACACUGA